AUGUCGACAGAAACAGAAACACCGCCAAGGGCAAGCCCCGAGGUCGCCAGCGAACCCUCCAAAAAGUCCAAGAAGCGCAAGAACGACCCCGAGGAGAUCGAGGUCGACCUCUCCCUCCCCGAACCCCCGUCGAAAAAGGCGAAGCGUCUCUUGAAGAAGGGCAAGCCCCUGCCCGUCAAGAAGGACUCGGAUGACGAGGCCAGCGACAAGGAGGAGGGCGGCGGCAAGAAGGACAAGGACGGCAAGAAGAAGGAGCGGUCGCCCUACGGCGUCUGGAUAGGCAACCUGCGCUUCAGCGUCACUAAGCACGACCUGAGCGACUGGCUGGUGGAGAACUCGGGCGGCAGCAUCACCGCCGACCAAAUCACCCGCAUCAAGCUGCCCUCGUCGCGGCCCAAGGGCGCCAGGAGGGCAGAGGCCGCCGCCGCCGCCGCUGAGCCCUUCGAGAACAAGGGCUACGCAUACGUCGACUUCUCCAGCUACGAGACCACCAUCGCCGCCAUCGCCCUGUCCGAGACCGAGUGGCACCGCCGGAAGCUGCUGAUCAAGGACGCCAAGAGCUUCGAGGGCCGGCCCGCCAAGCCCAAGCCCGACGCCGACGGUAAAGAUGCCGGGACUGGGGCGGCCGCCGCUGAGGCCAAUGCGGAGCAGCCCAAGUCCACGACCAAGAAGAUCUUCGUCGGCAACCUGAGCUUCCAGACCACCGAGGACGACCUCCACGAGCUCUUCGGGACCUGCGGCGAGAUCGAGUGGCUCAAGGUCGCGCAGUUCGAGGACUCGGGCAAGUGCAAGGGCUACGCGUGGGUCAAGUUCAAGGAGGCCGAGGCCGCCGACUGGGCCGUGAAGGGGUUCGUCAAGAUCAAGGAGGUCGAGGAGACGGAGGAGGACUUCAUGGACGUCGACGAAAAGGAAGAAGAGGAAGAGAAGGCGAGAGAAGACGACGAGGAGGACAGCGGGGAGGAGGACAAGCAGAAGAAGAAGAAGGCCGGAAAGAAGGCAAAACCACAAAAGGAGGAGCGCAGGGUCAAGACCCGCAAGUGGUGGGUAAACACCCUGCACGGCCGGCGCCUGAAGAUUGAGGCGGCAGAGGACGACCAGACGAGAUACAAGAAAAGGUACGGCGGCAAGGGCGCCGCCGCCGCCGGUGGGCAGAAGGAGAAUCCCGCCAGGCGCGAGGCAGGUGGCGGCAUACAGCGUCCACAGGCGUCUAAUCACAAGCACAACAACAACAAGAGGAGGCGGGAUUACGACGAGGGCGGAGGUAGGGAUACCGGUGCCAACGCUGCUGCGCCCAAGGAGGCAGAGGUUAGCAACUUCUACCAGGACAUCAGCGUGGCCAGGUUGACGGGCGCCCCGGUGAAGCCCCAGGGCAAGAAGACCACCUUCGACUAA